GUGCUCAACUACGGCCUCUUCCAGCCCCCCUCCCAGGGGCGGGCGGGCAAGUUCCUGGACGAGGAACGCCUGCUUCGGGACUACCCGCCCAACAUGGACACGCCCCUGCCCUACCUGGAGUUCCGCUACAAACGAAGAGUUUAUACCCAGAGCCUGCUGGACGACAAGCAGUUUGCAAAGUUACACACCAAGGCAAACCUUAAGAAAUUCAUGGAGUAUGUCCAGCUUCACAGCACAGAGAAGGUGGCCCGGCUUCUGGACAAGGGGCUGGACCCCAACUUCCAUGAUCCUGACACAGGAGAGUGCCCCCUGACCCUGGCUGCCCAGAUGGAUAGUGCCACUGAUUUACUAAAGGUCCUGAGGAACGGUGGGGCCCAUUUGGACUUCCGCACUCGGGAAGGGCUGACGGCUUUGCACAUCGCCACGCGCUGCCGGAACCCCGGUGCCCUGACGACCCUGCUGGACCUCGGAGCAUCCCCAGACUACAAGGACAGCCGUGGCCUGACCCCUCUAUACCAUAGCGCCCUGGGAGGUGGGGACCCCCUCUGCUGUGAGCUCCUGCUCCAUGACCAUGCACAGAUAGGGACAGCUGAUGAGAACGGAUGGCAAGAGAUCCAUCAGGCCUGCCGUUUUGGGCACGUCCAGCACCUAGAGCACUUGUUAUUCUAUGGAGCUGACAUGAGGGCCCAGAAUGCGUCGGGAAACACAGCUCUGCAUAUCUGUGCCCUGUACAAUCAGGAGAGCUGUGCCCGCGUUCUCCUCUUCCGGGGAGCCAGUAAGGACGUCCGCAAUUACAACAGUCAAACAGCUUUUCAGGUGGCCAUCAUUGCUGGGAACUUUGAACUUGCAGAGGUCAUCAAAACUCAUAAGGAUUCUGAUGUUGUGCCGUUCCGGGAGACUCCCAGCUACACAAAGCGGCGACGCCUGGCGGGUCCCAGCGGCCUGGCCUCCCCGAGGCCAUUGCAGCGCUCAGCCAGUGAUAACGAUCUGAAGGCCGAAGCCCGGUCCGGUCCCUCCCCGGGGCCCUCGCUCAGAAGCCUCCCCCACCAGUUACUGCUCCAGAUGCAAGAAGCGGGCAUGGGCCCCGUGGCAGGGAUCCGAGGCCCCCAGAGCCGGUCCCCGUCCCUUCAGCGUCUGCAGGAGGAUAAGGAGAGGGACAAGGACCCCACUGUCCACACCCUGGUCAGAGGAGGCCGAAGCAAGAGCAGCCCGAGCGGCCCCGGCGGCGGCCCCGGAGGAGGCGGCGGCGGCGGCGGGGGCGGCCCGGGAGCCCUGGGCCCCGCUGCGGCCACCAGCCCGGCGCCCGCGCCCGCACCUUCGCCCGCGCCGCCCCGGGGCCCGAAGCGCAAACUUUACAGCGCGGUCCCCGGCCGCAAGUUCAUCGUGGUGAAUGCGCACAGCCCGCGGGGCGAGGGCGAGAUCCCGCUGCAUCGCGGCGAGGCGGUCAAGGUGCUCAGCAUCGGGGAGGGCGGUUUCUGGGAGGGAACAGUGAAAGGCCGUACGGGCUGGUUCCCAGCUGACUGCGUGGAGGAGGUCCAGAUGCGCCAAUAUGACACCCGGCAUGAAACCCGUGAGGACCGAACCAAGCGCCUUUUCCGACAUUAUACUGUGGGCUCUUAUGACAGUCUCACCUCACACAGUGACUACGUCAUUGAGGACAAGGUGGCUGUCCUGCAGAAGCGAGAGCAGGAGGGUUUUGGCUUUGUCCUUCGAGGAGCCAAAGCAGAGACCCCCAUUGAAGAAUUCACACCAACCCCAGCCUUCCCUGCUCUCCAGUACUUAGAAUCUGUAGAUUAUGAGGGUGUGGCCUGGAGGGCAGGACUCCGGACUGGAGACUUUCUUAUUGAGGUGAAUGGAGUAAAUGUGGUGAAGGUUGGACAUAAGCAGGUUGUAGCCUUGAUCCGUCAGGGUGGAAACCGCCUGCUCAUGAAGGUCGUGUCUGUGACGAGGAAACCCGAGGAAGAGGGGGCACGGCGGAGAGCCCCUCCGCCCCCCAAGAGGGCGCCCAGUACCACGUUGACUCUACGCUCCAAGUCCAUGACUGCUGAGCUGGAGGAGCUGGCCUCAAUUCGGAGGAGGAAAGGGGAAGAGAAAAGAGAAAGCCACGCCUUCCUGGGGCGCCUUGCAGCCGAGAGCACCAAAGCCCCCACGCCAGCUUACCCCCAGUCUGCCCGAGAGAAGCUGGAUGAGAUCCUGGCGGCAGCUGCAGAGCCCACACUGAGACCGGACAUCGCAGAUGCUGACUCCAGGGCGGCCACUGUCAAGCAGCGGCCCACAAGUCGGCGUAUCACUCCCGCGGAGAUCAGUUCUUUGUUUGAACGCCAGGGCCUCCCUGGCUCUGAGAAGCUUCCUGGAUCCCUUCGAAAGGGCAUCCCACGCACCAAGUCUGUAGGGGAAGAUGAGAAGCUGGCCUCUCUCCUGGAGGGGAAGUUCCCGAGGAGUUCGUCUAUGCAGGAUGCUGUCCGUGAGGGCCAUGGGAUCCCGCCCCCGCCCCAGACCGCCCCGCCCCCCCCACCCUCCCCUUACUACUUCGACACAGGACCACCUCCCUCCUUUUCACCGCCACCCCCGCCAGGCCGUGCCUACGACACCGUGAGAUCCAGCUUCAAGCCGGGGCUGGAGGCCCGGCUGGGAGGGGCGGGCCCCCCUGGGCUCUAUGCCCCCGGCCUGGGCGCUCACGGGCCUCUCCCUUACCCUGAGCGCCAGAAGCGGGCUCGGUCCAUGAUCAUCUUGCAGGACUCGCCCCACGAACCAGCGAUGGCCGAGAGCGGCCGGCCGCCCCCCGCGGCCACGCCCCCCGAGCGACUGAGGCGGAAGGCCCGAGUGCCCGGCAGUCAGGACAGCCCUUACGCCAACCUAGGCGCCUUCAGUGCCAGUCUCUUCGCCCCAUCCAAGCCCCAGCGCCGGAAGAGCCCCCUGGUGAAGCAGCUGCAGGUGGAGGAAGCGCAAGACCGGGCCGCCCUGGCCGUGGGGGGCAGCGGCAGCAGUUUCCCCCGGGAGCCCUCGCCCACGCGCCGGGGGCACCGGCUCGGCGGGCUCGAUUACCCCCCCGGGGAACCGCCCGGCCUCCCGUUCGGUGGCGCCGGGCCCGGCAAGGAACGAGACCGGCGGCUGGAUGAGAGGCGCCGUUCCACCGUCUUCCUGUCCGUGGGGGCCAUCGAGGGCAGCUCCCCCACCGCGGAGAUGCCGUCCCUGCAGCCUUCGCGAUCCAUCGACGAGCGCCUCCUGGGCAGCGGCCGCGACCUGCUCCUCCCCUCGCCCGUCUCCGCUCUCAAGCCAUUGGUCAGCAGCCCCAGCCCCUCCCCCGUGGGCUCCACCUUCAUCCACCCCCUCACCGGCAAGCCCCUGGACCCCAGCUCACCCCUAGCCCUGGCCUUGGCUGCCCGGGAGCGGGCCCUGGCUUCCCAGGUGCCCUCGAGAUCCCCGACUCCCGUUCACAGUCCCGACACGGACCGGCCGGCCCCUCUCUUUGUGGAUAUCCAGAGCAGAGAGCCGGAGCGCAGCAGCCUCGCUUCCCCCACCCCCGCCUUUUCGCCCCGGGGCCCCGCGUGGGGCCCCAUCCCUGCCCGCCGAGAGGUUGAGAAGUCCCCACGGGAGGAGAGGAAGACGCCCGAUGACAAGAAGUCCAUGAUCCUCAGCGUGCUGGACACAUCGCUCCAGCGGCCCGCCGGCCUCAUCGUGGUCCACGCCACGGGCAACGGGCAGGGCCCCGGGGAGCUGGAGACCGAGGAGAGUACGCCGGACGCCCCGGAGCUGAGCCAGGCCCCUCCUCCGGCCGCUGCCACCGCGGCCGCCCCCGGCGCCCUGCCCAGCCCCCGGGCCCAGCCCCCCAGCAGCAGCCCCCCCGCCGCCGAAACGGUGCUGGGCCAGGGCAGCUCGGAGGAAGAGCCAGACGUGGUGUUCGCCGUGACCCUGCCCCCAGCCCAACUGUCGUCCAGCGACGAGGAGACCAGGGAAGAGCUGGCCAGGAUCGGGCUGGUGCCGCCCCCGGACGAGUUUGCCAACGGCCUCCUGGUGACCACGCCCCCCCCGGGCCCCGGGCCGGCCCCUUCCCCCAUGGCCUCGCCCAGCCCAGCCUCAGGGAAGCCCAGCAGUGACGCGCCCCCCGCCCCGGAGUCAGCCGCGGAUUCUGGUGUGGAGGAGGUGGACACGCGCAGCUCCAGCGACCCUCAUCUGGAGACCACGAGCACCAUCUCCACCGUGUCCAGCAUGUCCACGUUGAGCUCCGAGAGCGGCGAGCCCACGGACACGCACACCUCCUUCGCUGACGGACACACUUUUGUACUCGAGAAGCCGCCUGUGCCUCCGAAACCGAAACUCAAGUCCCCGCUCGGGAAGGGGCCCGUGACCUUCAGGGACCCCCUGCUCAAGCAGUCCUCGGACAGCGAGCUCAUCGCCGCCGCCUCCGCCGGGCUGGCCUCCGGAGCUGGGCCCGCCCGCCCUCGCUACCUCUUCCAGAGAAGGUCUAAGCUGUGGGGGGACCCGGUGGAGAGCCGGGGGCUCCCAGGCCCCGAAGACGACAAACCGACUGUGAUCACCGAGCUGAGCUCCCGACUGCAGCAGCUCAACAAAGACACCCGUUCCCUAGGGGAGGAGCCUGUGGGAGGCCUGGGGGGCCUGCUUGACCCCCUCAAGAAAUCGCCUGCUGUGGCUGCGCGUCCAAAUGAGAAAGGGCCUUCCCGGCCCCAGCCUGAGGAGGAGAAAUCACCAGCCUGUCCCUGAGCCUCGGAGCUCCAGGUAGACAGAAUGGUUAGGGUCCUUAGUUCCCUUUUGCCCACCCCUCUCACCCUCCAGAUGUCUCCCCCAACCUGCCCUCUCUCUGUUUUCUCCGUGGCUGGUAUCCCCUCACCAGCCUCACCGGGGAGUGUUUUGUCAGCGGGUCACUGUCCAGGGUCCUGCUUGGAAUUUGCCUUACCAGGUCCACUCCCCAUCCCUCUUGUGUGUCUCUUCAGUUUUAUUCUCUCCAAGCCUGCCAGUGUUUCAGCUCCCAUGGCCCCUCUUCCUCCACAGACUUAGGUUCUAGCUUUCUGAAUGGUUCUGGCCCCCCUGGGGAUGCUGCUGCCAUCAGGAACUGUGGGAACCCUUCAGAAUGGCUCUUUGGGUGGCUCAGAGGGAAUUAGACAGGGUUGGUUUAGCCUCAGAGGGUGAGAGAGCCAGGGUGGUGCAGUGUAAAGGCUGGGCUCGAGUUAUGACCUGGACAUGAGCACUGUUAGAAACUGUGUGAUCCCUCUCUGACCGUUUCAUUAUCUGUAACAUGGACAUACUGGUGCUCGAACUAUCUAGCUCAUAGGGUUGUUGUGAAUAAAAUGCUUUGCUAACUUGGAAACCGGAUAGAAAUGGGAGCCGGAUGUCCUCUACGGAGGGCAGGGAGGCAGCUUUCUACUCAUAGUAAAGCUUUCCCAAAGGGCAGAGGGCUGUCUUGGUAGGAGUGAACUGCUGGUCACUGGAGUUCUUUUUAGCAGUGGCUGGGUGCUCACUGGGGGCUACUACAGAGGGAUCAAAGGCUUGAGGCCUUUUGAAGGGCUCUCUGAGGUCAUUUAGUCCAACUUGGUAGAGAAGGAAAUUGGACUAAAUGACCUCAGAGAUCCCUUCAAACUCUCCAUUUGUUUGAUUCUGUAAAAAAUCUGGAUAGAUGUCAGUCGAAAUGUGACUUGGGGCUUAUGUACGUAAGAUCUGUCUGCCCUCACCCCUGUCCUCAUGUCUGGCUGCUUCACACAACCUAAUUGUGGGUGUGGUGGGAAAGGCCCUGUUCAGAACCUCCAAUUCUAUUCUUGUUUGGAAGAAAAACCCUGUAGUCUUAGGUUUUAGGCACACAUCUGCCAAAGAUAAUUUUUUAAUCAAAUUAGUGUAAGCAUCUUUGCUUAGAGAGAGAAAAUCUGAAGAGACAGAAAUUCAUACUCCCUUUGAAAAGCUUUCCACCCAAGCCAUCCUUGAGUUACAAUUUAUAGCGUUCAAGAACAAAGACACUUCCUAUUAUCAAGAUCAAAAAGAGGGGCAAGGUCUAGGUAACAAUUUUGAUUCAUCAAAAUGACUGUCCCUACUUCUGGCUGUACCUCAAGGAAUUAUUUCCCUAAAACCACUGAAUUUUUGACCACUUUGAUCAUAUUCCUUCCCAGGAGUCUUUCUUCAGCCUGGUCAAAGGUGAAAAAAAAAAAAACAAAACCAAACCAAAUUCUAUUAAUCUAAUUCAUCAAAUAUGUACUUUCUUUUUUCUUGUCUGAUCAUGACCCUAAUUAAUUUCAGUGGAGUCCUUUCUGGGCUGCUUAAGUCUCUUGAGUAGCUUGAAUAGGAGUGAUACAAAAGGUUCCAAUCAGGAUUGGUGAUUAGAGAAAGACUGAUAAGGACCUGAGACUAUGUAGUAGUAAUAAUAUUUUAUAAUUUGUAGCCUAGAGACAGAAUUGUGUAGGAUGGAAUUAGCUUGCAGCCCUCCCUUAGAACUGAACCUUCCUCAGAUGAUGGGAUCCAAGGCUUCAGAGCAUCUCAUUAAGUCUUUCUUUACUGGGUGAAUGUUCAGGACCUUGUGCCCAGAGAAAUCAAGGUGUCAUGCAGCCUUUGGCCUUCACCACCCUUUGUGGUUAGUACCCACUUGUGGUCUUGGCACAGCUGGUGAUGCUGGUAAUACUUCUGGGCACAAAACUUUGAACUGGUUUGAAUGUUCAGUGAAGAUCCUUGAACAUCCUGGACUCUUCAUAGACCUUGGAGCCAUGAUUGUGAUCAUGGGCUGCCUGCCUCUGUCCCUCUCUGGAGGGACAUUUCCUUUUAUGUUCAUGACUCAAGUCUUGUUCACUCUGUGAUCUCAGAAUCAGCUUCCAAGUCUAGAGUCAGGAUCAGAGAUUGCUGAUGGAAAAGGCCAUCUUGUACCAUUCAGAUAUUUUGUAGAUGUCAGUAAACUGAGGCAUAAGCAAUCCCACAAUAAAUUUGCCUAUUGUUUAUUUAAAACUACUGCCUUCCUACCUACUAGAACUUUCCCUCAGGCCAUGUUGUUUUUGCACAGUCACUCUGCUAGCAUUCUGUCCUCCACUCCGCCAGAUUCCACUGUGUACUGUGUCACGAAUCCUUAGAGGUUGACUCCCAAACAUGUCUACUGUAACUAAUUAAUUACUAGAGUCACUACAUUUUUAAUAAGGGGAAGGAGAGAGCAAAUGGAUUAUAGACCAGCCUUCCCCUUGCCUCGCUUCUCAGCCCUAACAGCUGUUCCCCUUUAUGAUCAGAAAUAUGCAGGUGCUCAGGUGUGCAUUAUAGAUGUACCUGUCUGGAGGGAGGGUGGAAUAAACCCCAAUUACUUAGGAAUAGACAAGCUUGCCAACAGAGAGGAACUGAGCCAAAUCUGCCUGCAUCCUGGUCACUAUUUCCCCAAAUGGACAAAUGACUCCUUCACCCCAAACCUGGGAUUUUCCCAGCUGCUAGUCCUGGAGUACGACGUGUGGGUUGACUUGUCUGAAGAUUGUUCCUUUGGUGGAGCUUGGUCCCAAUUCCCCCAUCCCCUUCCAAGCCAGGUCCAAGAUGCAGGGCCUUAACUGCUGGGCCAUCAUUCCUCUCUAGAGCCUGUCCACAUCCAGUCAUGUUCCUCUGAAGAGCAGAGCAGCCUCUCCCAUCCUGGAGGUCUGACACUUGAGAUUUUCUUCUUAAAUACAAAUGCCAGAUCCCAUGAGUUCUUGGCUAACCUAUAGAGCAGAGAUGACCUGAAUCAGAAGCAGCUGUCUGUCUUGAUUUGGGUUCUCUGCCUUGUACAGAUUCCCAGGAUCUCACAAGUAUUCAGAGGCAAUGGCUAGAAUGUGUCCCCAAACCCCUUCAUUACAGUUUGAUAAUGUGUGAGUUUUUGGAAAAAUUAACACAUUUAAUUUCUAUCAGCACUAAGAAUAUUGUCCCCCUCUCUCUUGUGGGUGUCCCUGUUCAUUCAUUCCUCCUUCUCCCUAUCUGUCCCCAAUAUCUAUCCAUCCAUUAUUUUCUCUCUCUGUUCCCUUUCCCAUUCCUAGAUAGCCACCUGUUAUUUCCAUUCAUUCCAGCUGGCCACUCCUCUCUAUUUACAUCUGUCCAUCCUUCCUGGGCUGCUGCUGAGCUUGUUCUCAAGUCUCUCAUGUUCUGAGUCAGAUGGAAUGAAGGCUUCCAUGCUGUGACCUUUAGAAAGGGGGGAUUUGUGAGUUUAUGCUAGAGACUUGGGACCUUAGAGGCUAAGGAAAGGGAGGGUUGGGUUGGGGACCAAGGACUGUAGGAAGAGAGCGCAGUUGGCUGUGUAUCUUCUUAAGAAUUCAGAGAUGGUUGAUCCUGUAACCUUCCACCAAUAUGCUAGACAGAAGGAAGUAUAAGGACACCUAACUCUUGCUUUUGGGGGCUCCAUUACUAACCUUCCUGCUUUUGGACAAAUCCAAUUUUAUGGAAUAGAUUUGCAGUAGUAGUGAAAGGGCAAGGUAAUAAUACUGUUCUGUGUUGUGAAGCUUUCUCUAUAUCUUCAGGGAACCCCCAUUCUCACGAGUGGGGGAAGCAAAAGCACACCCCUGGGCCCAGAAGCCAAAUAAAACAACUUCAAUCCCAAGAACAGAACCUGUUCUCAUGCCUUUGCCCCUUCCCUCAGUGUCCAAGCCUGCCCUAUCCUGGUCACCAUCCUAAGAGUUAAUGCUCCUCCAGGGGAUUUUAGCACUGUCUGUCUGAAAUUCAGCCCUGGAUCCCCCAGCCUCGAGGAUGUGUUGGGGUCUUAGGUCAUGAUGACAACCCUUCCUUCUUUUCACCAACACAGUUCCCAGUCUCUGCUCCUCUUCCCCCACCUCUCCAGCAACUCAGAGGGUUCUCUCCCUUCUACAUGGCUCUGAAAUCCUGCCACACUGGAUUGGAAGCUUUGAGCUCAACGUCUCUAGAACCUUAGAUCGAGGGAGCCUCUAUCUGGUCCCAGGGGAGCUUUUCCUUGAAUUAAGUUAUCAGCCAUAAUCUCUGCAAAUGGGAUACUGGGAGGUGUUGUCUCCUACACCUUGCACUGUUGAAACUUCUGCUGCUGCUAGAGACUCUUCCUUCCUGCCUCCUUCCCAAAUAAGUCUUCCUUUUGUUCCUUCUCCUGUGGCUUUAGCUUUCAGGCGGGCUAUGGCCCCAGGAUCCCACAGGCCCUGGCUUCAUUUAGUUAGAGGGAGUAAGUUUGAGUCCCAUGGUGCCACUUGGGCUCACCUCCCGGAUUCUUGUCUGGACCCUCCAGCUUUCAGAAUGGUGCCCAUCCUCUAGCUAUAGUGCAUUUCCCUUUGCUCAGCUCUGGAUAUCUGGUCCAUGGACUUGCAAUUCUGGACUGCCCUGCUAGUUUGACCAGCCUCUUCCUCCCCAUUUCUUUCCCCUGCCAGCUGACUCUCACAACAUGUCUCAGAUUCAUCUGGCCCUCAGGCCUUUUCCCUAGUGACUCUCCUGUGUCCCCUUCCAGAGCAUGGGGAGUCCUUCAGUCUCCCAUCCUUGGCUCUGGCUUCUGGGUGCCUCUUGCCUAAGGACUUUUUCCUUUCAGACCUUGCAAGUGCAGAUGCUGAGGUUCAGUCAGGAGAGCAUGGCUAGCAGAUGGAAAGGAACCAGCUGGCCAGUGGGUUGAAAUGUUGCGGGUUCGAGGGCUCAGUGCUUGUGUGUCUGAGAAAGUUGGUUGGUUUUUCCUAAGCAGUGAGAAUGUGAAGGGAUACUAGAAAAGCAGGGGGAGAACUGAAGGAAGAAGGGCAAGGAAGAAGCAGAGAUGACACAUGCAUGCAUUGGUUUUAUAUAUUUUACAAACAAUUCCAGCCACCUUUCUGCCUGACCCUCGUUUUCAGCUCUCUAUAUGCAGAUUGCCUUAUCCUUACUCUCCCCCAGGAAGAGUCCCUUGCUGAAAGACUCUUCCAUACUUUGAAUCACUUUGCCCUUCACUCUUUGACAUGUUUGGCACGAGGCCUCGGCACUUAUGUUUCUGGGAAGAUCGGCUGCCUCUUCCCCAGCUGUGUAAAACAAAGCUUUUAUUUGUAUUGUUUUGUUUUAUUCUUCUUUUUAAAAAAAACUCACUCCUGCAUAUAUGCUCCCAUCUUUCACUUGGGUUUGGGAGAACUAUCUCUUGCCACUCCCCUUUUAGAUGAUGGAAUAUGCUAUCUCCCCUCUCUUCAGGAGUCCGAAUGCCAACUGAUCCACUCCGUAGCCUGGACAGAGUCCAUCAGGAGGGGCUGGCCACUAGUCCUGCUCCCUUCCCAUAACCUGACUGCCAUUCAGGGCUUUGUCUUUGAGCAAAGCCAUUCUCAUCCUUCAGCAUCCUGUCCUGCUGAAGUCUGGGACUUCCUGCUGGGGAUGGCCAUGGAACAAGCUCUUCUGUCUUCAGAAACAUUUGUUGACUUAAGGUGUCUGUCAGGACUCCCCACCUCUGGUCUGUUUUGUUGGCCCCAUGGGUUGGGGAUGCACUCUAGGCUACCAAGUUGUCAUGCCAAUGGCCCACUGUCCCCUGAAUCUAUUGCCUUUCCUUUUUUUUUUUUUUUUUUUUUAAAUGGAUGCUCUGCUUCCUGUUAUAUCCCUUCCUUUCCUUGUCACUCCCAAGCUUGGGCUUCCCACGUAACAAAAAACAAUUAAAUAAAACAAUUCAACAAAAUCAUCCCAAACUAACAGCACAUGUAACACUUCAUAUCCAGAAGACCCCUACUGCUAAAACAAAAGAAGAUGCAUUUUCUCAUGUCUUCUUACAGAGCCUAGCUUGGUUAUUAUAAUUACAGUAUUAAGAUCUUUUUUUUUUUUUUUUUUUUUUGGUCAUAUUCCUUCUUUAUAUUGUUAUUGUGAUUGAAUAUACAGUUUUCCUGGGUUCUGCUUACUGUACAUUGCAUCAGUUUGUAUAAAUCUGUUUCACUGAAUGAAUCAUAUUAUUUUUUUUUAAUGGCACAAUCAUACUACAUUUAAGUACCACAGUUUUAUUUAGCCAUUGCUCAGUUAAUCAAUGAACACCCACUUUGUUUUUAGAGUUUUUUUUCCUGCCACAAUAAGUGCUGUGAUUAACAUUUUAUGUAAGUGGGAUGUUUCUCUCUGUCUCACCUCCUGGGACUGUGUGCCCAGCAAAAGGAUCAAGUUAUUCAAAGCCUCAAUGUCCUUAUCUGUGAAUUAUUUAUAUUACCUACCUUUCAAGAUUAGGUCUGUAAGACUUGAACCAGAAAAUAAAUGUACAGCUCUGUAAACUUUGAAGUAGCAUUAUUAUUCUUUUCCCCAAAGAGUAGCAUGGGGCACUUAGCCAAAAGUUCACUAAAUCCAAGUAUCCUGGAUCCACAGCAUCCUUUUGAAUAUACCCAUCUAGUUCUGUUAACAAAGUCAAUGAGAAGUCCAGGCUGGAUCUUGAUAAAUCACUCCUUUUUUUGUUAUAUGUUCAACAACCACCUUUUCUAUCUAUUAGAGAAUUUUACCAGGAAUGGACUUCAUGCUCACUGACCUAUAUAUAGUUCACAAUCUACAUUCUCUUUCCCUCUUUAAAAAAAAAUUAAUAUGACAUUGGCCAUCCUUCAGUCUUGUGGUGGUACUCCUAUUCUGCAUAGCCUUGGGAAUAUAACCCUCUGCUGCCUCUUCAAUGGUAGGGUUUACCAUCCUUGAAAUUGGUCUUAUUAAGACUGUUUCACAGGUUUAACAUUCAUCUUUUAUUACCUAUCUUUGAUUCUGUCUUCUGCACGUCUUUUAUUUUUUAAAAUAAAUUUGUGAUUGGUA